AUGUCAAGCGUUCGUGGACAACCUUAUCCAGUGUCGUGGGUGGUGGGUCUGUCCCUGGCCGUCGUCAAAGGCAACGAGACCUGGACUCGAGGGUUCGGACUGGCGGACAAAGGUUCCGGACGACCGGUCACGUCCUCUACGUUGUUCGGAAUAGCCUCCCUGUCCAAGGCCUUCACAGCCACUCUGUUAGGCAUACUGAUAGACGAGAGCAAAGGCAAGUACACGUGGCAGACUCCAUUGAAGGACAUCCUGGGCAGAGACUUUCAGCUGGUAGACUGGUUUCUCAGCAAUCAAGGGACAAUCAAAGACAUUCUGUUACACCGGACAGGUCUGUUUAACACCAACGUCCCUCAGUACGCUGGCUUCCCGGACACACUGACCAGAAAAGAGUUUACGAGCCAGCUUCGUUACCUGCCUAUGGCGACAUCACCCCGCGAUGCGUGGAGCUACAACAACUGGAUGUACGCUCUGGCCGGGAGGGUCGCGGAGGUGAUGGGCAAAGCCUCAUGGGAGGAGCUUCUCCAAACCCGAAUCUAUCAGCCAUUGCAGAUGACUGACAGCCGCGUGCUGGGGCAUGAUGUCCAGGUGACUGACAACAAAAUGGCUUUGCCCUACGUUCAGCUCGGCAAUGAUCUGGUGCUGUCUGAUUCAUCAAUGUACAGAAUCUGGCCAGAAGAGCCCGCUGGCGCGGUGGCCUCCACGGCAGACGACAUGGCCAGAUGGAUGUCUUUUAAUCUGCAGGGAGGGGUGACGUCACAGGGAGUGCCUCUACUUGACAAGAAAAUUAUACAAGACAUCCUCAGCCCUCAGAUAAUCGUGUCGCCGGCCUUUUUGAAGCCAAAGAUUAAGAGACCGCAGUUCCCAGCCACUUUCAACAGCUUUGGCUACGGCUUCGGAUGGUUUUCCGCGUCCUACCGAGGUUACCAGGUGACAUGGCACUCUGGUGGAAUCUACAGCUACAUCUCCUAUGUCACCUUAAUUAGAGACCUUAACAUCGGUAUCUACAUCAGCACCAACGGCCCUGGCAACAGCAGUUCGUCUGUAACAUACAACGAAGUCUUCUACUACAUCGCUGACCUUCUCCUGGGAGAAGAACCUUGGCUGACUACGGCCAACGCCUGUCAGUUCCCUCGGCCCUGGAAUAACGCCACCAGUCAGGCCUCCAACAACUCCGUUAUCGUCCCUGGCACAAUCGAAAACCCACAGUUCUACGAAGGAGACUACAACAACAAGCUGUUUGGCGACAUCAAAAUAUCCCGAAACGGAAGUGGGGAGCUGGUGGUUGACUAUGGCCGCCUGACCGGCAUGCUGCGCAAAACCAGCGGAAGUGGCGUGCUCAUGAUGGAGGUUUUCGGUCCUAUGAGGUUCUUGACCCGGCGUGGCGAUGACACCAUCUACAUCAACAUGACCUUCACCGACCCAGACCGGAGAGGCAGGUACCAGGAGCUCCAUGUCAGCGCCCCUGAUCUCGGGGAUACAGACAUUUUGCUUUACGAGCGAAAUAGCAAAUACUGGGAGGAAUAAAAUGACAGCAGGUUACCAGGCGAUGUUCUCACAGGCUUCUGACACUUCCUUUAGCUUCAGUGGACAUUUAAUCAGAGAGUAUUAAUGAGAUUAAAAAUAUUAUUUUCUAGAUAUAGUAAAUAUUAUUGUCAUAAAUUAUGAGGGCACCGCAGAUAUUUAAAUCAGUCUUACAGAAACAUUUAAGCGAAGUAUUAGUUUAUAAACUUUAUAACAAUAAGAAUUUGACAUGUUAAUACAAAUGUUUGAUAGUUAUUUACAUGUAUAGUAGUACCAACAUUAAUUACAUAUAAAUAAAACUUAUUUCUUGCAAAGUAGCAGGUGCUUUUGACAACUGAUACAGUUAACCAUUGCUGUGAAGAUGAAAAAUUCUAAAACAAAAGUAAUUAGAACAAAAGUUAGAAGAUAUUGUGUGUAAUCCCCGAAGCAGGCAAAGUUUUAUGAAUGCAAUUAUAUUAAUAAUGUAGGCAAUAUUUAUGAAGAAAUAAUUAAACCGUAAAAAGACUAAUACAAUAAAGUGGAAAAAUACAAAUGGAAUAAAAUCAAAUGGCAGCA